AUGGACUUCCCUGGUGGUCCGACCAGCGCACCGGUGAUCAUAUUUGACUGGGACGACACUUUUCUGCCCACAGCGAUAUUAAGAGCUCUAGCAUUUGUACCUGACAGUUCAUUAUUGGAACUGGAAUUUGAUCAUCAGAAGUGA